AUGAUACGAAGAAGUCCAACGAGAAUCGAAUUAAAGAUUGAUGAUCUGCAAGAAUUUGAAAGAGUGAAGGAAAAAUUAGUGGAGAAGAAGAAAGAAGAAGAAACAAAAAAGCAGGGUGGAAAAACAAGGGAUGAAAGAAUAGGUUACUACAUUCGUCAAAAAUCGCUUAUGGAAAAUCAUAAACCUCCUCGAAAACUUAAACAGUCACAGCUCAGCGCUUUCUGGACAAAACAGACAAAUGUCAAGCGAAAUAAUUCACCUCCCCAGGAGUGUAAAAGGAAAAGAGAAAUCAACGAUGAAAAUUGUGAGUCGCCCGUCAAAAAAAUUUCAUUGGAACCUACAUUUUGCAGUCCGGAUAUAUUUGCUGAAAAUUUUGAAAACGUUUUCGAAUGUGGAUCGUCGAAUGCAGCAUCAAACAAAGAUGUCGAUAAAGAAAAUCAGUAUCAAGAUCAUUUAGACGGUAUUUUUUUCGAAGAUUUCGAAAAUAAUCCAUUUCUAAGUCCGAAAAAAGAAAAAUCUGAAAAAAACGUUUUAACGGAAAAUUGUUCGCAAUCAUCGGAUGAAAACAAUUGGUGCACGACCUUCUCCGAUUUGAAUUUCGAAAAACCCCUCAAAUGCAAAAUUUUGAAAUUUGCUGUAGUGACUGCCGGACGGUGCGAACAAGUUCUCGAGGUUGAAGAUGUCAAAUCGGGACAAAAAGGAAUUUGUCGACUGCGAGACGUUUGGACGUUUUCAUUGGUUUCCCUGCACGAUGUGGUGGUUAUACAAGCCAAACUAUCCGAUGACGGUUGGAUCGUUAACAACAAAACAGGAUACAUUAUUUUAAAUUCGGACAAUUUCGUUUCAUCCACUUCUUUGGUGAGUGCCAUGUUUUGCAUGAGGCAAGGACUUUUCAAUUAUUUUUACAAAGGAAUGGAACCCGGUUCGAAUCAGAAAAUGCUUAUCGGACGCAUGAUUCACGAAUUUUUUCAAAAAUGUUUAAAAACCCGUUCGUGCACGGACGAGAACGUCAAGGAAAUGGUGUCGGAUUUUUUAGGAUCCCACGACUACUUGCUAGAUUUCUAUUUUAGCGGCAUGAAAUCGGAGGAAAUAGAAAGAGAAAUUGAAAGUUUUGCGCCGUCCGUUCGAGAUUUUCUCGAUGUUUACAUGAAGGGGAAACGAAAACCCGUCGGUAAAAAUUUCGCAGGAGGAAUAGAAGAGAUUUUAGACAUCGAAGAACUUAUAAAAUCCCCGAAUUUAGGACUUCAAGGAAGGAUCGACGUGACGGUAAAAAUCAAAUCGAAAAACAAGGAAAGAGUUGCUCCUUUGGAAUUGAAAACCGGAAAAGCAUCGUUUUCGAACGCUCACAAAAGUCAACUGAUUCUCUACGUUUUGUUAAUGAAUGAAAUGGGAAGGGAUGUCGAGUCGGGUUUAUUAUUGUACUUAAAAGAAGGGAUAAUGGAGGAAAUCGUACCGAGCAGGGAUGAAAUUCGUAAUUUAUUACUUUUAAGAAAUCGUUUGAUCGGCUAUUACAAAACAUUAAAAAACCACGAACUUCCGGAACCCGUGAGAAACAUAUCGUCGUGCAACAAGUGUCCUUAUCUGAGGGUUUGCACGAGUUAUUUGAAAUCCGAAAAUUAUUACGAAACUCAUCCGUUGAGAGGUUUGGACACACCCGACAUAAAACCAUCGCAUUUGAAUUAUUUCAACGAAUGGAAUAAAAUGCUGUGGCUCGAAUUCGGCGACGAGUCCCAGAAAGACGCCGAAAAUGCGGAAUUAACUAAUUUAAAAUUAAAUUCUCAGGUGGAAAUUUUAGGCGAAGGUUUCAAGUGCGUGUUCGUGGGAGGAAGUGCCAUCGAGAAAUUUGAAAAAAUUCUUGCGACCGAAACUUUCGUGCACGUCAUCAAUGAUAAAAACGAAAGGGUAGGUGCGGGUAGAAUUGCGGAUUUCACGAGUACAACAAUCACGUUAACGAUUGAUAAAAAAUUAAAAGAAUCGUCGAAUGUUUACAAGGUGACGAGUUUUAAAUUUAAUUUUCUCAAUUUGCACUUGAGCAAUUUGGGAAGGUUGUUGAACGAAGAACACGAAAAUCUCAGAGAAAUCGUCAUCGAUAAAAAGGCUCCGAAAUUCGAGGAAAAAUUUAAUAAGAAAACAUUCAAAGACAACUGUUUUAAAAUAUUGAAGAAAUUAAAUAAGGAACAGCAAAAAGCCGUCGUCAAAUCGAUUUUGUGCAACGAAUAUUUAUUAAUCAAAGGUCCUCCGGGAACUGGAAAAACGGAAACAACGGCUUCGCUGGUCAAAGUAUUUUUAGCGUUGGGAAAAACCGUUUUGAUUGCCGGACACACUCAUUCAUCGGUCGAUAACAUAUUGCUGAGAUUGAGCGACGUCGAGUAUUUACGUUUGGGACCUUUGAAAUCCAUAAAGAAAAUCCUACACGACAAAUCCUUUUCGAAACUCAUAGAAAAUUGCGGGAGCGCGGAAGACGUUAGAAAAUUAUACGAUAGAAAAGUCAUAGCGUCGACUUGUCUGGGCCUAGACUCGGAUUUCAUAGCGAAAAAAAAAUUCGACGUUUGCAUAGUGGACGAAAGCAGUCAAGUUCUUCAAUCGGAAAUACUGCGACCGUUAUUUUGCUCCGACAAAUUUAUACUCGUCGGAGACGAAGAUCAACUUCCUCCCAUAGUUAGAAAUUUGGAAGCCAAAGAAUCCGGAAUGAGCGAGAGUUUGUUCGAUCGUUUGUCGAACGAAAACACGGUCGUGAAAUUAAAAUAUCAAUACAGAAUGAACAGUUGCAUAAAUUCCCUGGCAAAUUAUUUGGCCUAUGGCGGAUUGCUCGAAUGUGCAGACGAUAAAGUUGCCAACGCGACUCUAAACAUUCGAAACGAAGAAUCUUACGAUAAAUUGCAAGAAUGGAUCAGAGACGUUUUUUCACCGAACCUGGAUAAAUCCGUCGUCUUCGUGAACACGUCGAAUUAUUUUUCCCGCGGAAAAACUUUGGAAAAUAAGAAAAACGAGCGUUCGAGCGCUCUGGAAUCGAACAUAAUAAAAAAACUCAUUAAAAGUUCGUUGGAAUUUGGUACGUCGGAAACGGAUGUGGGAGUCAUAGCGCCAUUUGCAGAUCAGAUAGCAUUGUUGAAAAAAAAAUUACGAGGUUCGAAUUUGAACAACGUCGAACUCAACACGGUUGAUCAGUAUCAGGGUCGGGAUAAGGAAAUGAUAUUUUUCUCGUGCGGAAAAGAAAAUCGAUGGAACGGCAGCAGCAGCAGCAGCAGCGAAAUAUCAAAAUCUGAAUUGCUCAACGAUUUGAAACGGGUCACGGUGACGGUGACGAGAGCCAAAAGAAAACUCGUCGUCGUCGGCGAUAGGAAAACCGUGGAAAGGUACGAACCUUUUCAAAAAUUACUAAAAGGUUUAAACGACUCGGCAUUUGUUGAUUUGAUGGAAGGGCAAAAGGAUUUCUCGUGGUCGGAAUUUCACGAAGAUGGAGAAAUUUGGUAA